CCAACACACAUAAACCUCUGUCUAAGAAUAGAUGGGUAGUUAAGGGAAGGGGAUGUUAAUUAUAUACGCAAACAAUUAUCAGAAUGAGAAUAAUGUCAACCACACGGCACGAAUUCCUGCCCGUCGCUGAACUCUGGUGAUACGAGGCCAAUAUGAAGAAAGUUUCACCUCCACCAAUCAUGCGUGCUGGGCGCAACAGGAUAAGCGGACAGUUUUGUUGCAUGAGCAUGAUUCUUUUUCAAGAACACACGCGAUCAUUGGCUGUGCCUUAGCGUGUCCCGCAGGGAUCUCGAUCAUUCUCUCCCAACCUUGGAAGUUGGAAGCUGGUCGUUGCGCCUGGUGCAGCCUUAACCGGCAUCCCGGCUGCAAUCAAGAGCCCUGGUUCGGCAGCGAGCAACGAGCGACUUACAUGCUUCGAAGCCCCAAGCGUGAUCUUCAAGGCCCCGGCGUUCCAAGAGCCCAGCGGUAAACUCGAGACAAAAUAGGGCACGUCUGAAACUGGUUCUACCUCCUGACGAUGGAGGAGUCGCCCACAUGUCGAGUUCUGUCCCUUUCGCAUCAAGAGGCUCGUCACGCCUGCGUGGGAACACAGGGUUUGACUCGCUCACGAGACUCGACGUUCUGAUUUUCAAACACGCCUAGCCUUUCCCACCGUGGAUCCUGUUGCAUCCAAGGGUUCUGCGGCCUCCUGCGUUGGUCAUGUUUGUGCUAAGCUCUAACGCUGUCUGUUGUCUCCGCUCCGCUUCAUAUCCAACUGUGGCAGAUUAUGUCAAACGCCAGCGCUCGUGCGUUUGGCCAACAUGAUCCUAUGGACCAUUCGACAGCUACCAGCCGCCCGCCCCCGAGACGCCUGUUCUGUACGAUGUCAGGGCUUGCUAAAUCUGGACGCCUCCGUGACUAUUUUUUCUCUCGUUCCCUUCGGAUCGAGCCGACACGUCUGUGUAUAUAUUUGAAUAUUGUCGUCCGGUUCUCCAUUCCUUUCACAAGACUUAGCCACAUGUUCACGGCCUUUUCUCAUUCUGUUUCGUUGUUCUAUUAGUCGCUUUUCUUUUUCUGUCUCUUUAAUAUAAUUAGAGGCUAUUAUCCUGCAGCAUUUCUUGAUUUAUUAGAUUUCGUUUUGGGUUUUCUUUUCUUCUCUUUUCUUUUUGUUUUUACUUGACUCCUCUAUAUACCCUCAACGCGAAAAGCUGCGACGAACAACUUCUUCGAUCCACUUGGGGGAUACGAUCCGCAUGUUCAUUGCUGUGCCUUGUCGUUUCAUCAAUAGCGUCUCCCAACUUUAGCUUGGUUCUUCCUCUGCACAAGCAAGGAAUUGUUGGAAAAUCCCUCUCUUCCACUCUAUUCCCUCCUCCUGAAGCAUCUGCAGCUCCCAGACAGGUCUGGAAGUCCAAAAGAGUGUCAACUGGGGACGACAGCUGCUCCUUAUCCCUUCGAAAUCCUCUGCUGGACAGAGACUUGAAAAUACUGUCGAUUUGUUUAUAUUCCAUUCAUUGAGCGUGUCUGCGAUUGAUUCACUCACUCCCUUUGUGUUUUACACAUAAUCUUGCCAACGAAAUUUAUAUUAACGCCUUAAUUUUUUGCACAAAUCACACUUCAAAAUUUGUUUAAAUAAUUCUGCUUUUGCACGAGACUUGCCCAGCGGAGACCUUUUUACCUCCGCAAUCAUUCUUUUUCGGACUUUUGGCUCAAUAAGUUUCCGGGCCACUCCAGUUUACAACGCUGCUAGACUCGCCGGAAACUCACAUAGUCAAAACACGACAAAUUCGUUUUUAUAGAACGGACAUGGCGCAAUCAGCAACUUAUUACAACCGAGCCGCUCUGAAUGAGUUUGUGACACUUCCAGUCUCCCGUGAGAUGGUUAUAUACCUCGCCCAACAAGCUGCGCUGGUCAUAAGAUGCGAGGAACACGUUACCCCGACCUCCUUGAGCCAACCUAACCCUCUAACCCCUCCGACAACUCCUCCGCUCAAUGCUUCAGAGAAGCCGGCGCAUCAGUCCCCUUCGCUCCCUUCUUUGGCCGAGUUCAUCUGCUCGAUCGUGAACCGAUCCCACGUCGAGGUUCCGACCCUGAUGUCAUCCCUGGUGUAUCUAGGUCGUCUUCGAGCUAAGCUUCCCGCCAUGUCCAAAGGGAUGCGAUGUACAGCUCAUCGCAUCUUCCUUGCAUCCCUGAUCCUCGCAGCUAAGAACCUGAACGAUUCAAGCCCGAAGAAUAAGCACUGGGCUCGCUAUUCGGUCGUAAAGGACUGCGCUGACUUUGGAUUCUCUCUCGCCGAAGUCAAUUUGAUGGAGCGCCAGAUGCUCUAUUUGCUGAAUUGGGAAACCCGAGUCAAUGAGCAGGACCUCUUUGAAUAUUUCGAGCCGUUCCUCGCGCCGAUCCGUGAGCAUCUUCAGCUCGAAGGUGAAAAGGAAGUGGUUCAACUAAAUGAAUUCGAAAUGGAGGAACAAGGUGACGACUUCUCCGCCGACCCCAGCGAAGUCCUGAUGAUGGCGCGACUGAACACUUCGACGCUCGAGGGCCAUCGCGCAGGCCAAAAGAGACAUCCAUCACCCUACCGAUCCGGCCGAUCAGGACGAUCAAUCUCUCCUCCGUCAGUCAAAGACCUGCCCCCGCUCACCCGUGGCGAAUCUAGGGCUCCAAGUUCAUCGUCUCGCUCGUCUAGCCUGGCUCCUAGCUCUCGAGGCACACCUGCCAGCAUCGGCCAGCUCUCUUACGCUACAGACGACGUCAUAGUAGCAGAGGCCCAUGCCAGCCCAGCGUCGAUGGCAUACAGUUACGUUAACAUACAUGCCGUUCACCAGAAACCAAAGCCGCACCAGCAGCGACAGCGACAACCUCUCACUUCGAUGUCAAGCCAACACCUGCCUGUGAAAAAACUGAAAACGGCUGGCGGAAGCGGCAGCGGCGGCGGCUUAAUAUCGAGAUUCUUCAACUCAGCCGCGAGCAGCUAUAUGGGCGGCCGGAUGUCACGAACUUCUGGGCGGACCUAGAAAGUUUGAGGCGUGGAAAGUAAUUCGCCCUGUCCCGUACUUAGCAUCCAUGGGGAAAUUCACUCCUUUUUUUUUUUUUCUUAAUGUACUCUCCGUUUCCUUUCCAACUCGCCCCCCCCCAAAAAAAAAAGAUCUCUGAUGAUUAUCUUAACGAUUUCACACUCCCUUCCUCUGUCCUUUGAUGGCCGAAUAGCGCAGCGAACAAUGAGCAGGCCUCCAAUACCCGGUUCUCGUGGCGCGUUCUCUUUCUCCGUCUCUCUAAUGUCCGAAACAAAAUUUUACUCUCAUUGAAUAAUAUCCGAUGAUAUUUUUCCACCCCACAAACGCACCAAUAUGCUGGCGGUAUCCUAGUCAUAUAUUCAUAUCUACCCCUUUGUUUUCGAUGUACAAUGAUUGCAUUGUUAUCUCUACUGCUAUUUGUCCUUAUUGGACAUGCCUUUUUGUUUUUUUUUUCUUAAUUAUUGUCAUUAUUUCCCUUUUUAACACAGCAUAGCAUUGUUAAGGGCGUUUGUGGGAGUAAUAAUCUUUGAAAAAUCGUAACUAUACAUUCAAAUAUUGAAGAGAAAUGAGAAAAGAGAUACAUACUUCAUAACUCUAAUUCAUUGUAUGUUAGUAUUCUUUCCCCUAUAUAUUUAUUUGUUACUUCAUUUGCGGUAGAUGCCUUAAAAGGAGCUCAGGUAGUGCAUUUAUGUAAAUUGUAGGCCUAUACAUAUUUGCCCAGAAAGAGAGAGAUUUAUAAACACCAAACCCAUGCUGCCGAGCAAAUAUCUCGCAUCUUGUAGUCAUUUAU